AUGAGCUGGGGCUUUGAGGUUCUGGGAAACCUCACGACCUCGAUAGUCAACUUGGCGGGAAAUGUCAGCCUUCACGGCAUAGAGGGGUUCUUCAGUGUGCCAGAGCUAACUUCAUGGCGCGUAACUCCCGACAAUCCGGUUCGCUAUACCGGCAGCCUCGACGUGGAAAGAUGCGCGGCAUUACACAAUGAGAUUCUAUGGCAUGGCUGGAACAAGUCGGGCGGACGUCCCGAGGACUUUCCGGGCGUCAACUGGUACGAGCAGUACCGCGACGACGGGGCGGGCGAUUCGCGCAAGCGGUUCUCGGCACCGCUCGCCGCUUUUCUUGACAAGGCGCUCAGCACUAGCAAUGUCGCGCAUAGCUUCUUUUAUCAUUUGUCUGGUCUCAAUGCGCCAUCGUACAUGUGGGAUAACCAUGAGUGGUAUCAGGAUGACCCGGACAAGUACCGCUAUUUGACGCUGUACUUGGCGCAUUCCAUGGCCUCACAUCCUGAUGGAUUAGUCUACGAUCAGCGAGAGCAUAAAGCCAUCAUGCAAAUGUCUAUUCAUGACCGUGACGUUGCCAUGAACGGGCGCCAGGAAUGGCUCCCGCUCGAAGUGAUUUUGACCGGCUGGCUCGACAUGCUCGACGUCGGCAAGGUCCAGGCCGUCCCGGACGACGUCGAAUGGCAGCCCUGGAUAAUGGUGCCGUACAGCCAGAAGCAACUGGAUGCGACCGUGGCGGCCUUUGACCGCUUGGUGGACGCCAUCGAAUCACGCAUGCCCAACUACCAAGGACCUUCGGUAGCGGAAUCCCAACAUGUGCUCUCUGCCAGUGAGGAAGUCUUGUUCCAACCUGUGCUAUCCGUGGACGACGUCGAGGCUGCCGGCAUCAAACCCGGUUUUGCGCAUUCCUUUCUGACCAAAGCCAAACGUCCUGGCUUCCGCUAUAUCGCCCCGGGUCUGGCGAUCCCCACACCCGAGACCCUCAAGCUGCAACCUUUUGCAGACAUCAAGAGACCGCGUGAUUCCUGGCUCCCUGAAGAUGAGGAAAUGCCCGACGAGCCCUAUCCGCUCUUGAUCUUUUCGUCCUCGGAAAACUAUGAGACCUGGCGCGACCCUCCACGGCAUCCCAAAUUUCCAGACAGCGAUCGGCCGUUUAGCUAUCCGUACCACCAGCUUCCCUCCUUUAGCGCGGGCCUAUACUUUUCGCCGACUCACGGGGGACCAUUUGACUUCGAGGACGGGGUGAAGCUGGUCCUGCCGGAACCGAUUGGUGCCUUUGGGUACGCGAGAAAAGCUGAUGGGUCGCGGUUCGGCGAGAACAUAGCGGAUGCUACGGCUCUCGGGGGCUAUGGCCGGCGAGGAGGCACCUUUAGCGACUUGUUCCAGUUGGGAUACAAUCCAUAUGCAGAGAUGCACGACGUACAACUCGAACAGGUUCUGGACGCCUGGUGUGGGCUUGUGGAAUCCGGCGAGUGGAUGAUCGGAGAAGACGGCGUUGAGGAUACCAUUCAGAAAUUCAAAGAUGCGGACACGAGAAGCAAGUGGAACAAAUACGUUGUACCCAUCAAAUGGUAG